AUGGCCGACCAGCUCACCGAUGAUCAGAUCGCCGAGUUCAAAGAGGCUUUCAGCUUAUUCGAUAAGGACGGCGAUGGUUGUAUUACCACCAAGGAACUCGGGACUGUAAUGCGGUCUCUUGGGCAAAAUCCAACUGAGGCAGAGCUACAAGACAUGAUAAAUGAAGUUGAUGCUGAUGGCAAUGGUACCAUUGACUUCCCAGAAUUCCUCAACCUCAUGGCCCGCAAGAUGAAAGAUACUGAUUCAGAGGAGGAACUCAAGGAAGCCUUCCGCGUGUUUGAUAAGGAUCAAAAUGGUUUUAUUUCUGCAGCUGAGCUCCGCCAUGUUAUGACAAAUCUUGGUGAGAAGCUCACAGACGAGGAAGUUGAUGAGAUGAUUCGUGAGGCCGAUGUUGAUGGUGAUGGGCAGAUCAACUACGAGGAGUUUGUUAAAGUUAUGAUGGCCAAGUGA